AUGUCAAAUAAAUACAUAUACACAAACACAUGCUCACACGUACAUCAUUCUAUGAAUACUGUCAUGUUUCAUAUACCUAAAGAUGGUGAUGAAGAUGAUGAAGAUGAUGAUGAAGACGACGAUGACGACGACCAAACAGCUACUGCUCCACUGUCCCACAGAAAAUCAUGGAACAAGCCAGGCAACACCAUUGUCAACAUCUUGUGCAACGCCACGCUAAUGAGAACAUUGGAAAACGCCGAUGAAAACGCCGAAAAUAAAGAACAUUCUAGAAACAAUAAUCCUGAUAAUGAUGUCGCUGCUAGUGGUGGCAAUGGCGCUGAUAAUAGUAAAGAAAAGAGUGAUAAUUCUAAGAAAAUUAAGAGUGGUCAUGCUGAUAGCGAAGAGGGCAGGCAAUCAGGUCUUGGGGCUGAUGGAUGUUUGCCUCGCUACAGUAUAAAUGAGGUUACAGAUGAUAAAACCGAAUCAAGCAUAAGCAGAAGCGACAGUGGCGAUUCGCUGGAGGACUUGCUCACAUCCAUGCAACUCAUCUUGCAAGAAGAUGAGACUGAAGCUCAGUCGACAAAAAUAAAAAGAAGAAGAAAGAAGAAAAUUAUUGAGUCAGACGCUUGUGAAGCUACUACAAUAACCACAGCAACAUCAUCAUCGUCGUCAUCUACUUCAGUCGCGUCAUCGUCUGCAGUGACAUCAUCAUCGUAA